AUGGGAACGCCGGCGGAGGGACCGCCUCCAAUGGACAACCAUGGCACCCCGCAGCAGUACGGCUACGACCCACGCAGCAAUGGCCUCUCGAGGCGACUCACCGACGACGCGCAGUCGUCAACACACAGCCUGGCGCCCCAGAACCGCUCAGACUACCCCACCAGGUCAAUGACCGAUCCACUUCAACAACAACAGCAGAACCUGCCCGUACCCAAACCGAAGCGCAGUGGGAAGAUAUGUGGAAAGUGUGGAGAGGGGUUGACUGGACAAUUCGUAAGAGCGUUAGGUGAUACUUAUCAUUUGGAAUGUUUUACUUGUCACGACUGCGGCAAGAUAGUAGCGUCCAAAUUCUUCCCCGUGCCUGAGAAGCCGCCCGGGCAGUACCCACUGUGCGAAACGGAUUACUUCCGGCGACUCGACCUGCUUUGCUUCGAAUGCGGCCAGGCCCUUCGCGGGUCAUACAUCACAGCACUAGACCGCAAAUAUCACAUCGAGCACUUUACGUGCUCCGUUUGCCCCACCGUAUUUGGCGCGUCGGAUAGCUACUACGAGCACGAAGGGAGCGUAUACUGCCACUACCACUAUUCUACAAAGUUUGCGCAGCGAUGCAACGGCUGCCAAACUUCAAUUCUUAAACAGUUUGUCGAGAUCUUCCGUAAUGGACAGAACCAACACUGGCAUCCGGAAUGCUACAUGAUCCACAAAUACUGGAACGUUCGGCUCCAUUCAACCGGGCAGCCCAUCAUCGAACGCCUGCAAGAUGACAGCGACGCGACGGACGAGGUGCGCGAGACCGUGCGCCAGCAGGAGGAAGAAAUCGAAGCCAAGGUCAACUGGAUCUGGAAGACACUGUCGGCCUUUGAAGAGAAGUCUGCGACUUGCAUCUCUGAUAUGCUGCUUCAUGUAAGCAACGGCGCGUAUGUCGACGGCGUAAUGGCAGCCAAGAAGUUCAUUGUGCACGUGGAACUCCUGUUUGCCGCUGCAGACGAUCUUGAGGCGCAGUUAAUUACCAGGACUCCCAAAGGUCUGACCUACUCACGUGAAUCAAAGUUGCUCUGUAAGAAGGUGGUGGCUUUCUUUGCGCUCCUCACCCAAUCCCAGGGAACGGGUGUUCGACGGCUCGGCGUUACCCAGGAACUCUUAUCCCUGGUUACGGGCUUGGCUCACUACCUCAAGCUUUUGAUCCGCAUCUGCCUGCAAGGUGCCCUAAAGCUAGAGCGGGAAACCCGGAGUGCGACCGGUCUGACCAACUUUCUCACUCAAGUCAAUUCGCUCGAUGCUCGACUCGAGGAAGAGGCUCAACGGGACCAGGCCGCCGAAUCUGCUUUACUCGUCCCUCGAUGGGCCGACGCGUGUCCGAUAUGUGACGCCCAAGUCGAGGACAAGUGCUUACACUUGAACCAUAUGUCAUUCAAUUACGGUUGUAUGAUCUGCCGAGGCUGCAAUACUGACCUACGCAGCGAUGUUCGCAAUGCGUAUUGGAGCAAGAGCACGCAACGAGUCUACUGUCAUUCCUGUGCAGCAGCGCAGCCAGACGCAGAGAGUGGCUUCCAACAGGUAACGAAGCUCCGGCAAUAUGUACAUCUGUUAAACGUGGCUCAUGCCCGUCUCAUGGCGACACUGCGAUCCAGUGGUGCGCUACCUCACACUUCUGUUGUAGAUGAUCCCAACCUCACAGGCUACGAUUCUUCGCAAGGACAUCGUCUGGGUGACAAGGGAUCCGAGCUUCAGCCAGCGCACCUGCGACAAGAUUCGCGUUCAAAAUCAUAUGGAGGGACCUCGACUACCGAAAGCCAGCAUAGCACGAACGCUGCCUACGAGCAGUCCAUGUCCGAUAUCAAACGCCUGAGAUCAACACGUCUAGACAAGCACCUCUCAAACACAAUGAAGAGGGCCCGCGCAUCGCGCAUCCUCGACGGCCCAGAGGGUAUCGAGGCUGGGGGCGAUCCCAAUGUACGGAAUGGCAUGCAAAUUGUGCAGGAGCGUGAUGGGCAGGCCGAUCAAGACAACGUAACCUUAGCGGUCAACUCUCUUGCCUUGGACGACAUUGCACGUAUGGCCGCAAUGGAGCAGCAGCGAGAGCAAAGACCAAAUGCAUUCCGUGCUGGUGGUAGUGCUCUACUCGGGCAGGAUAUACCGAAAUUGCACAACGGACAUCGUCGUGACUUUUCCGGGGGGCAAGAGUUACAAAAUGUAACGGAGGGCCGAUCACGAACGUUCUUUUCGGAGCUUUCCCCCCUAGAAUACUUCAAGCUCAAAGGGCUUGCUGUGCUUCACUUGGGACUGCUACUUGAUGACAAUCAGUACAACCAGGGUGAGCUACUCGAUCUCAUCGAAUCCAAGAAGAACAACUUCUGGGGCAAAAUUGGAUUUGGCAAAGCCAAGAGCAAGCCAAAGAAGACUCCGACGGCAGUCGAGAAACCCGUCUCAGAUAAAGCAACCUUUAGACAGGCACUCGAGUACUUGGUGGAAAAGUAUGGCGACGAAUGUACUGAAGGCGUAGGACCCGGCGCACUCAAGGUUCCCGCCCUGCUGCAGGAUUGCAUUACUGCGAUGAGGAGCAUGGACAUGUCGAUAGAGGGCGUUUUCCGAAAGAAUGGCAAUCUCAAGGCCUUGCGGGAGCUCGAGGAAGAGAUUGAUGCCAAAGGCGUGCAACAAGUCGACUUGAACACGAAGAACCCGGUCAUCCUUGCCAAUCUCCUCAAGCGCUUCCUGAGACUGAUGCCGGAGCCGGUGCUGACUUUGAAGCUCUACAGGCUGUUCAUGACAGCUAAUGACCUCGAAGAUGAAGAGCAAAGAAAGAAGGUGUUACAUCUAGUGUUGUGCCUAUUACCGAAAGCUCACCGUGAUACCAUGGAGGUGUUGUUCUGCUUCCUCAAUUGGGUCUCGUCUUUCCACACGGUCGAUGAGGAGUCGGGGAACAAAAUGGACACAUGGAACAUUGCCACUGUCAUGGCGCCAAACAUUCUACGAGAAAGCAAUGACAAGGAGGUAAAAAAUGUGGAUCAGGGUGCAGUCCGGGUAGUUUUCGACCUGAUCGAGAACAACGAUGAGUUUUCCGAGGUUCCUCCCGAAAUCAUGGAGCUCCUUAGCGAUGACUCGUCUGACAUGAGUGCCAAGGAGAUUAUGCGACAGUGGGAGCAGAGAGGCAAGAACCCUAUGGCGGCUGCCCCCGCAGCCUCACCUAGAAACCAAGGUGGAACAGCGAAACGAAAGGAUGAGCGUAAUGCGCCCCAAAUCACGCAAGCGGACAAUAACCCCCAGGCCUAUGCUAGCGAGGCAUCGGUCCGCCAAACUCCUGGUGCCGGCAACCAGGCCUUGGCACCUCCUAAUUCUCAAGACAACCCUGAACUGGGCUCACCCAAUCCUCCUUAUGGACAAAAUCCUCAGGCUUCGGCAGAAAGCCAUCGAACUGCGUCGCCGCACCGGCAGAGCUACCGCUCACCGGCGGCUUUGCAGAAACAGACACAGAUCGGGACUGCGGGCGCCGGGUGA